GCGGCGGGGGCAGUGGUUGUGUCGUGUGUGGUGGUGGCUAUGCGUAUAUGCGGUGGGCGAUGGAUGGGGUUGCUGAUUUGGGUGUGAGUGGCUGUGGACCGGUAGCAACUGGUAGACAGAGAGAGAAUGAGAGAGAGACUGCAUACCAGGAUGGUGCUAUGGCGGUGGGGCUUGUGGCUUGUGGCUUCGACUCUGAAGCAGCUCUGAAGGCUUCGACUUCGAUCGAUGGUUUGAGAGAAAGAGGAUGCUCUGUCCGAAGGCUUCGAGUUUGA